AUGAUCUCUUGGAUAAGUAAUACAUGGCUGGCAUUUCUAAUGAAUAUUAUCAACUGGAUUUAUUUCAGCUAUGUCUUCUUUGAUAGGUACUAACUCUACGAAUGCUGCAAAUAUGGAGUGAUAAAAGAUUAAGUUUUUCUGUUUGCCUCCUAUAUUUGCUAAGAUGAUGAACUUGCAAAGUGCUAGAUUCCAAUCCUUAUUAUAUCUACGGUACUUUAUACUAGGUUUAGUUGGUUUCUUAUUGCUAAUAAAGAUAAAUUUGUGGAAGCUUUUCUUUUAAUUGCAAUGUCAAUCCAACUAUGUAGCUCAUAAAUUAAUGGUGAGGAUUUCAAGUACAGCAUUCUCUUAAAAUCAAUGGGAUACUUGCAACGCAUCUAUUUAGUUAUUGCAGUACUAAUGAUACUGCUAAUUAUUCUCCAAUCCUUCUUUAAUACCUAAAAGAGGCUUCUAAUGAAGAUUCAAGAACUUUAACUGUAACUUUAAACUAAGGAUCUUUACCAAGCAGCCAUGGUCCAUGAACUAAGAAAUCCAUUAAAUUCUGUAAUAGGAGGGGUCGAACUACUUAAUAAUAGUAAAUGCUUAUCAAAUGAUGACAAGAAAAACCUUCAAAUUGUUCAGCAUUCAGCUAAUAUUCUUAUGAGCUUGAUUGGAAAUAUUCUAGACGUUGCAAAACUUGAAGCAAACAAGGUCGAUUUGGACUAGUAAUAUGUUUUAUUUAAGCCGGCCAUUAGAAGUAUUCUAGAUUUGGUAGAAUUCAAGGCGCAGGAGAAGAAAAUCUAACUAUAACUUGAGGUUUCAUCUGAUGUUCCAGACUAUCUUUUUCUGGACAGUUCGAGAUUCAAUCAGAUUAUACUCAAUCUUAUACAAAAUGCUGUUAAGUUCACAUCUAAAGGUUUUGUUAAAGUCUUAGUCAGUUUCAAAAAUCCAAAUCAACAAAUUUCAGGCUAAAAAAAUCCACUGAUUAAGAGAAAUUCGGAUCCAGGCACAAUCAACUGCAAAUUCAAGAGAGAAAACGAUCUACUUUAAAUUUCUAUGUUUGGAUAAACUGAUUUUAAGAAUUUUGACCUCUAGUAAAAUUAACGGAACAGAAAUAUCAUUAUUUGCCAAUCUUUGGUUUCUGAUGGGCAAUUUGCUCUUACUUCAGGAGCUCCAAGUUUUCUAGAUCAAUCAAAUAAAAGCUCGAAUCAAAGAAAGUUAAUGCCAAAUGAAAAAUUUUCUAGCCGAAAUCAAUUUUCAAGUCCUGAUAAAAAAUAACAAAAGUUGUUCAACUAUACUGUCAAUUCAUAAGACAUAAAGAAUUCCCUCUUUGGACUUGAUAAUCAUGGCAUUCCUGAAUAACAUAAUAACAGAUCAUUUAGCAAUAAUUUCAAGGUGUUGGAUCUUAACUAGACUGCUAAAUUUUCAGAGUUAAUUAUUCAAGAUUCUAGUCUGCAAGUUUCCAGAAGUUAAAUUAAUAUACCAAACUCUGGAAUGAGUUCAGCGCAAUUCGAAGAAAAGAAACUGGAAAGAGGAUAAAACAAAGAAACACUCCAGACAACCGAAAUUUUUGAGGAAGAUUUCGAUGAGAAUAUUGGAAUACCGGUACAUCUUGGGUUUUAGCCUUAAGAUUCUAAUUUAAAACAAAGGCAAUUUAACUUAUAGUAAUUGCCUUAUGAGGAAAUUUUGAAAGAUAACAAUAUUUAUAGUAACACAGAUGAAAUUAUCUCUUUUGAUUUAAACUAGAAGUAUCCGACUUAUGUUGAGAAGCGGUAAACAUAAAUCUAUCAAUAAAAUAACAGCUUGAUAGUAAAAAGUUAGAGCCCCUCAGAUAUUUCAUAUAUGAACAACAGAUAAUAUCGCUAAUCAAUAAAUGAUUGCUUCACCCUUAAUAAUAACUAAACUAACCCUAUGAUGCAUUCUGCUAAACAAAGUUCUAUAAUGAAGAUUAAUAGAGUCGAGGAGGCUAAGAUUAACUAGAGUGUUAGAUCACCCAGUAUAUCUCCUUCAAAUUAACAAGAUGAAGUUGACUUAAGUUAAUCCCAGGAUUUUUAAUCUCGCCCUAUCUAUAAUAAUCAACCCCUUAGACCUUAUCAGACUUUGCAAGAUCCAAUCGAUAAUAUUGUUGAAUAGCACAGAAAAGAGUUUUUGGAGUUAAACAGAUAGUCUCAUCCAUAAUUUUCUUUGUAUAAGUCAUAGCCAAAUUAAGAAGAAUCAAAGAGUGUGAUUUCAAAUACUAGUUAAAAGAGAAUUAAGUCUGAGAAUAGAUUAGAUCAUAUUAGAAGAUAAAACAAUCUGCCAUAGAUAAAAACUAGGAUCUCAGACUUUAAAUCUUACUUAGACUUAAAUGAUCAUCUCAAUUAAUAAUGUGAUAUAUUGAGAGCUCAGAGUCCUUAAUAUAAUGAGAGAAUUAUACCAUAAAAUGCGCCGCAUGUAUUAUAAGAUCCAAAAUCUGUGAGCUCAAAUAUUUAACAUGGAACCCUGAAAAUAUAAAUCCAAGAUUCUGGAAUAGGAAUUAAAGAAGAAGACUAAAAGAAAUUAUUCCAACCUUUUUGCUAGGCAAAUAAAUCAAUUUAGCCGAAAUUUGGGGGAACAGGACUAGGACUUUGGAUUAGUAAUUAGCUGAUAAAAUUGAUGAAAGGUCACCAAUCACUAAAAAGCAAACCUGGAGAAGGUACUACUUUUAGUAUUGAAAUUCCAACAGAGGGAGUAAGCUACGAGAAUAAAAGCACUGAGUAGGAUAAAUAUUUAGGUCUAUUAGAUGACAAUUUCUCAAAACUCUCCAUUUUAAUACUUAUUCAAGAUGAAUUUAACAAGGAAAUAUUAAAGAAAUUUCUAUAGAAACUUAAUUGCUUAAUUACCUUCGCUAAACACUAUGAUGAUUUUGUUUCAAAGAUUUAACAAGUUCAUAAGUUCAAUGUAAGUAUUGUUGAUGCUGACUAAUUUACAUUGGGUCAAUAAUCCAAGGUAAAGUAACUUAUCAAGUAGAAGAAGUAGAUUGAAUAUAAUACUAAAACAUAUCUUUCUAUGCUAGUUCUAUCAACUCUAGAUAUGGAUGCUAGAUAAAGAUCAAUUUAUCUCCAAGACAGAGUCAUGAUUUUUAAAAAACCAGUCAAGUAAAAUAUUUUGAAAAAUUGUUUGCAUUUGAUUCAAAAGAAGGAAAAGUAACCUCUCCCUGAUUUCUUCUAAAGGAAACAUAAACAGCUCUAUCCAAUAAAAAUAAAAAACAGUGAGAAUUUCACAACCAAACCAGUUGCUCAUAUUAGUGAGUAAGUAUUACCAUUGAUUUAAUUAAAAUGUUUUAGGGAUGAUGAUUCAAUGACAGAAGACAACUAAUAUCAAACUGAAGAAGUUAAGGAAAUUAUUAAAAGAAAAAGUAUUUAAAACUAGAUGAGGAGCAUGGCUGUUAAGUUUAAUAAUAUUUCAUAAUUAAUAGAACAAGAUAAUAUUCAAACUCCAGCAUUUGUUGGCAUUUAAAAUAGAUAAAGAAGCAGUAUUGAAGCUUAGAUAGUUGAUGGACAAAUUAUUCACGGAUCUUAGCCACUCUAUUCUUUAUAAUAAUAAUUAUAGCAACCUGCCUUGUCAAACCUUUGUAGUCAGAUCAUGGAUCACGAAUCCCAUCUUUUAACUAACAACAGUAAGGCUAAUUUAAAUGAAAUAGAUCAAAAUUUAGCUAGCUUUUAGCUUGAAGAAGAAGCAAAGUAUGAAGAAGAAUAAAAAUGUUAUGAAUUAGAGAGAGAAUUAGAAUAGGAGAGAUUUCUAUUUAAUUUUAAAAUUGAUCUAAAGGCACCACUUGUAAAGAUAAGCGAAGCAGAUUUAGAACCCAAUUCAUCUAAUUAAGUUCAUAAUAAUAACUCACACUCCACAUGUAAAGAUCUUAGCAGUCUAAGUGUCAGAGAGCAAAGAAUAUCUAAACAUGUGACAUUCAAUACAAAAACCAUUCUAAUUGUUGAUGAUUAGCCAAUUAAUAGAUAUAUCUUGGAGCAAAUGUUAUUGAGUAUUCCUUUUAUCAAGAAUAAUGAUUUUAAUCUGAUAUAAGCCUCUGAUGGUGAUGAAGGUUUGGAAUUAUACAAACUAAAUGCUAACUCGAUAAGAUUGAUAUUGACAGAUUUACACAUGAGUAAAAUGGAUGGAUAAGUCAUGGCCAAAAAAAUAAGGUAAUUUGAAUAAUAGAUAGGUCUUGAGCCAGAGGUUUAUAUUAUGGGGAUUACAGGGGAAGAAAUAAGAUCCUAGGCAUUUAAAAGAAACUUAACUUUACAAAGCAGUGGAAUCAAUAUUUUUACUCAAAAGCCGAUCUCUAGAGAGCAGAUAUAAAAUUUAGUAGAGAAGAUCUAUGAUGAACAGAGUUAAUGA